AUGCUGCAAUUGCCUGCGUCGCUCGCUCGAGUCGUCGCGCCGACGGUGAGUCGCAUUGUGCACAUUGCGCGACCCACAUUCAGCGCGAUGGACACGCUUGACAUGCAAGCACUCGUCUCGGCAAAGAAGGCCAGCAAGAUUGCCGCUGCCGGGGCGAGGUUGCCGCCGCCCGCCAGCGUCAUGCGGGAGCUCCAAGAGGACAGGUCGCCAUUCAAACUGCCGCGGGAUCCUCAAGUGACGGCGGCGACCACGAAGACGACAAUGAUGGGAGAGCAGCAGGCAGGCGGGAACUCGCCAAGACACGAAACAAUGGCAAGGGCAACGAAUGGUACGACUACUACAACUACUACUUCUACUCGUACCAGCAACCCAUCUCAAGCUCCAACGGCGACGUCAAGUAGCGCGACGACAUGGGAAGAGUCAUCCGCGGAUCGGGCAAUUCUGGACUACAAUUGGAUGCAGGAUCAGCUCGCAGAGUCGUUUGGAAAAUAUGAAAAGGACACGGGUCGUGCUCUGGACUUGCCAACGUCAUUGGGUGCAAGCACGACUGUGCAGCUCAUGGAGAACGAAUGGAUGAGGAAUGCGCUGGCGGAAGUAUACGCAACGGACACGGACGAGUCCAGGGUGUGCUACCGCGGAUCGGUUCGAUUUGGUGGCGCAACUGGCCGGACAAGUGCUCGGUUUUAUGCCUUUCCAAUCGGACAAAACCCAAACGGAGCAACAGAAGCUUGCAUGAUUGCAAUGCCGUCAGUAUCGACUGUGCUCUCUGCCGUAACUACCAAGUCUGUCGGCCUUCUCUCGACGGAAGCCAGGCUGUCGACCGAUGCCAUGAUGCGAGGCACCUGGGUGCAUGAGGCCCUCGAAAAUCGUGUCCGAGCGCUCUUCCCAAACAUGCAGCCGUCCAGACAAAUGUUCAACCUAAAGGAGCCUUGCAAAACUAACGUGGAGAACGUCCAGUUUGUGCCAGAGAAACGAUCGCACGACCUCAGGUCACCACCGGCCGACACCCAGCUAGAGGUUGAUUCUAUGGUCGCUCGAAUAUGGAGCGAGAUUGGUGAUCGAAUUUCCGAUGUCAGUUUCGCCGAAACGGUCGUCGUCCAUCCGACAUUGGGGUACGCCGGUACCAUCGACUGCGUCGCCAAAGUUGACGGCCAGUGGACCAUCGUUGAUUGGAAAACAUUCGGGGAAGACAUGUCGCGCUCUCAAGAACGAUACACUUAUCAAGUCGCCGCGUACCUGGAUGCCUUCAACAACGACCCGUACUUUCGCCGCUUGGGCCAUCCGCCAGCAACUCGGUGCAUCGUUGCCGGCGCCAGCAACACUGGCUAUAUCGAGGUCAAUGUGACAUUAGCUGAGGCGACUGCGGCAAUGGCCAACGUUCGCACCAAAGCCACGACCUUCCUUCGCUAUUUCAAUGAGGUUGCACACAGCUCUCCCGGCAAACUCGCCCAGUCCACAACCACCUUCAGAAUAGCCUUGAAUGGAGAUUCCGAAGCCACCCCAGCUCCCGCCACCUCACGCCGCAGCAGCAGCAGCUCGUUCUGGCUCCCGUAA